UUCAUUGGUUCCCACAAAAUCCAUAUGUAUAGCUCGCGCUUCGGCGUUCGUGAAGAUAUGCGUACGACACUAAUAUCGAUAGCGCGAAUCUCCUGUAAACACAUUGCGUUUCUCACGGUCGAAAAGAGGGAAAGUGCGAAGUUCGUGCUGUGUUGAACGAAGGAAAAAAUUUGAUCUAAUCAACACGGUAACGCGCGAUAUCACUCGAGAUUCAUACGAUGCGCGAAAUGGUUCAAGUGCGACAAGAACGAUGACGACGAGAACGAUGUCGUAGUGCAACUAAUUCGAAUUCGGACCAUUUUACUUUUCGCUCGCGAUGCCGCCGAGUCGCCUGGACGCCGUCUACAGGAGCAUACUGCUUACCAAAUUCUUCACGAAGGGCUGGGGUAACCCUCAAAAUUUGAAACGGAUUUUUGAAUUCAGGAAAGUUAUAGCAAACCGAGAAACAUGUUACAAUAUGAUUCCAUGUGACUAUCCAAUAGAAAUUACAAAGAGUGAAGAUUGGUCAGACUGUCAUAUAAUUGAAGGACAAUUUGAAUCUCCAUUUGAGAAGCAUCUUCCAGGAAUAAUGCCAGAUAAAACCAAGAUAGCUUACUUUCAAGUGAUCUUACCAUCUAAAUGGAGCUCCCAUAAGAUAAAACCAAUAUGCUUGCAUCUUGCAGGAACUGGGGAUCAUUUUUUUUGGCGACGUAGAAAUCUUAUUGCUAGACCACUACUCAAAGAAGCGGGCAUAGCAUCGAUAUUGUUGGAAAAUCCAUUUUAUGGACUGAGGAAGCCAGAUGAUCAAAUCCGUUCUAGUUUACAUAAUGUAUGUGACAUUUUUAUCAUGGGAGGCUGUCUAAUAAUGGAGUCGAUCGUCCUGUUAAAUUGGUGUGAACAACAGGGAUUUGGGCCACUGGGUCUCACUGGAUUGUCAAUGGGUGGACAUAUGGCUUCUUUAGCAGCUACUAAUUGGCCAAAACCAAUAUCCUUAGUACCUUGCUUGUCAUGGUCUACAGCUUCACCUGUGUUUACGGAGGGUGUUAUGAGUGCGUCAAUAAAUUGGGCACUCCUGGAGACUCAAUACUUUUCAGACAAGAUAUAUCAAAAUGAUCUGGCAAAAAUGGUCAAAAUUAUCGAUCGCGAUGACGCUUUUUUAGCUGGUCAACACUUUGCAAAGCAUUAUCCUGCAAGUAUGAAUAGAGUAGAUGAGUUAAGAAGAGAAUCCAAUGAGAGUAACAAGAGUAAUACUUCUGCUGUGAUUGGUGCGAAUAGUACAAAUUCUUCUAAUAAAAACAUUAACGACAAUAAUAUUUUCGUCGAAAACGAAUCUAGAAAUAAGAAAAGUCAGUUGCAACGUCAAAUCGCGGAAGAGAAGGCGGCGGCCAAAAUAUUUCCCUUAAAUCUCAUUUCUAACAGGUUCAAGUCAAAAGAUCCCAACACUCUCAAAGGGGUUUGCUUAUUGCCAGUGCCGAAGCAUCCGCUAUUUUCAGACAACAAAUGGCGCGAGCACGAGGCGUUGCAGUUUAUGCGCGGCAUAAUGGACGAAUGCACGCAUCUGAAAAAUUUCGAGAUACCAGUCGAUACCGAGCUGAUCAUUGCCGUUUGUGCCAGAGAUGACGCGUACGUGCCGCGAGAUCAUUGUAUGAGCCUUGAGACGAUAUGGCCAAAAGCUGAGAUACGUUACAUUGAUGCUGGUCACGUUAGCGCUUAUCUUCUUCAUCAAAAAGUCUUCAGGUACAUUCUUUGGAAUUUAUCUAAACUUACAAAUAUUUUUUCGACAUGUUUUGUAAGUAUUUCAGGUACGCUUCUUUAGGGAGAGAAACAACCUGAAAUUUCUCUAAAUUUUCAAUUGCUCAUCUCCCUGAAGUUGUUCAAUCAUGCAGCUAAAUUUUCAAUCA